AUGGCCACCGAGGCAAUCAUUCAGAGCGGGCCCACUCCCCCUUUCUCGCCCAAGACGAGCCACACCGCCUUUCUCGCAGGCGACACACUGCAGACAAUUAACGUCAGCAGCGAGCCGCCGAGGGCCCAGACGAGCGAGGAGAGCGGACAGGGAGGAGGUGGCAACUCGUCCACGGCCCUCUUCCUCGUCGCCAAAGUCCUCGCCAACCUGAGUCAGGAGACGAUCGCGCGCACCUGCCUGUCGGUCAACGCCGCGGAGCGCCUGGUCACCCCGUCCGAACCGACUCCUCCGUCGUCAGCCAACACAACCCCGGGCUCGGCCAAGCCGGACUCGCUUUCACUGGUAAUUCAGCCCGUUAUCCCUACGCAGGCUAUCGCAGAGCCGCAAGAUGCUGCCAACUACGCACCUCCGCCGAUCCAGCCGAACGGCCACGGGGAAGAAGGCUCGAGCGAUGGAAGCGAGGCGAAGCAACAGCAGCCCAAGACCCCGCAGAGUGCUAGCCCUAACCUCGUAUCGUUCAUGAACAUUGAGUCUCUGCUAAACGCCGCAUCGAACAACACCCCGAGUCUCAACUCGUCCGUCAUCAGCGAUGACAGCUCGGGCGCGGCCAGCAGCAUUUCUCCCUUUACCUCGUCCUCCGGGCUGCUGCACAGCUAUGAAGGGAGCCAAGAAGUUCCGCGGACCCCGCUGAGCCCGGACAGCCCUCUAGACGCGGCCGCACCGACCGGAAAACACGGGAAAAGACGCACGCACAUCUGCCCCUGGGAAGGCUGCGGGAAAGCCUACGGAAAGAGCUCUCACUUGAAGGCCCACAUCCGUACGCACACAGGCGAGCGACCCUACCCGUGCAGCUGGGACGGCUGCUUCAAGCGGUUUGCCCGUUCGGACGAGCUGGCCCGUCAUUUCCGGACACACACUGGCGAGAAGAGGUUUGCCUGUCCGGUGUGCGACAAACGCUUCAUGCGCUCCGACCACCUCAGCAAGCACGUGAAACGCCACGCCGCCAACCGUGCCAAGGGAAAAGACCCGCUCGCCGAUCGGAACAGAGCCGCCGCUGCUCACGCCCGAGCCGCGGGCGUUGCUGCUACCGCUCUUGCCAAUGGCAGGGGAGGUUUCACCAACGGACAACAGCAGCAACAACAACAAACACAAAACGACUCCGUCGCGGCCCAGGAGGCCGCCGAACUCAACGCCGCGGCCGUGGAAAUGCAAAUGGAAGUCGCCGAGAGUGGGGUCUACGUUACGGUCGGAGACAAAAUGCAAGCUAUUUCUGCUGCGGCCGAGCCCCACCCUUCUCUCCCGCCGUCAACGCUGGCCAUUCCUCAGCUGACUACGGAGGAGCAGCGCGUACCGAGCAUCGCGAUCAAGACGCAGCCGUCCCCGCCGCCCUCCAGCGGCCCUGCUAAUCUCCAGCUAUCCUCUAACGCUGCUGCCAGCGGAGCCAGUCCCGUUGUCGUCCCCAGCAAGCCAAAACCGCUGUGCGUUCCAGUUAGCGCCCACCACCGGGACGUGAAACCGAGCAUCGUCCACGUGCAGGCUCUGCCCAGUACUGGAACUGGCGUCACUUUCUCGGGAACCAUUCCGUUCUCGAUUGUCCCCACACUAACCACGAUUUCGUCUUCCCUUCAAGAAGCCACUACAGCCCCAAUGCCAAUUGCUUUGCCUACAAGCCACCCAACCGAGGCCUGA